AUGAAGGCAUGCAUUUGGAAAGGAAGCGGAGGAGAGACGUCGCUGGCGCCUGCGGGGGCAUAUGAAGAGCCCCCACUGCUAAACCUAAAAUGGCGGAACAAGAACGGCAGCAGCUACAUGGAACAGGCACACCCGUAG